CAUACGUAGCUUCAAGUCUUCAACUGAUCAACAUCGAUCGACGUGGCUUUCAGAGAAACCGAACCAUACGUUUAUGAUAUCUCUAUUAACCAAUUCCCUCUUAAUUCUCUUCCAUCCAUGAAAUUCUGAUCUGUAGUUCUCGGGCCUAUAUAACUUGAUGAACCAAGCAAACUACAUCGUAGGUACCUUUAAUUAAUAGAGUCAUCACCAAUAUGAAACCUAUUUUCAUUCCUCUUAACCUUUCCAGCUUGUUUUUACUCAUCGUCACCCUGCUGGUGGCCGGAGAGUCCGCACCUAUCUACUCUCCAACCUAUAAUAUCACCCUUAACUGUGGCUUUUCCGGCGACAAGGUCAGUGCUUACGAUUUUCAAACUUGGACGGGUGACAUCAACUCAAAGUUUUUCCCCGAAGCAGUUGGUGGCACAUCCCAAGUCGGAAAUGCACCACCGUCGUCCUCCUUAGGCAGCUAUGUACCAUUCACCACAGCUCGGCUUUCGCAUUCGGAAUUCACUUACAGAUUUCCCGUAAGUCCAGGCCAGAAGUUCAUCCGCUUGUAUUUCUUCCCAGCUACAUACAACGCGGACUUCGACAGCUCGAAAUCACUUUUCUCUGUCAAAGCCGGUGGCUACACACUUCUCAAGGACUUCAACGCUUCUCUCGGUAGAAUUUACUAUAACUCUGAGACACUACUUACAGAAUUCUGCCUCAACUUUGAGCCAGAUCAGCGGAGUCUGAACAUCACAUUCACUCCCAGCCAGGGUGGAUACGCUUUUAUUAACGGGAUCGAAAUCAUGUCCAUGCCAACCAAUCUUUACCACUCGGCAGCCCAAGGAGAUGGGGCUAGUUAUCUUGGCAGCAGCGAUAGCAGAUAUCUUGUUAAAAACAACACCGCUCUGCAGAUGAUCUACCGAAUCAACGUUGGUGGCAACCCAGUAUCUCCGAAUGAAGACACCGGCAUGUACCGCACCUGGGACCCACCCGACGAGUUCUUCUUAGAUGAUCGAAGUAAAAAUUUGAGCAUUUCACGAAGAUAUAAUACCCAUCUCAAUUUUGCAAGAAUCUUUAACUACACUGCGCCCGAAGAGGUGUACCGAACGGGCCGGACAAUGGGAGGGAACAGCACCAUCAACAAGAGCUACAAUCUCACCUGGAGAUUCCCUGUAGAUCCCGACUUUUCUUACCUGGUGAGGCUCCAUUUCUGUGAGAUUGAUCCGAAUAUUACCGCGGCUAAAGAUAGAAUGUUUCAGAUUUUCAUAGCUAAUUUUACAGCUGAACCGCAAGCAGACAUAAUCCACUGGACUACAGAAAAUGGAAUCGGAAAUGGGAUUCCCAUAUAUAGGGACUACUUUGUGCCGAUGCUGAAUCUUGGAACCCAGAAGAAAGGUUCCGUUAAUAUCUCUGUUGCACUACAAGCAUAUCAAGACGAUUACCUAACUCGAUAUAACGAUGCGAUAUUGAAUGGGCUGGAAAUCUUCAAACUCAAUGACACAGACGGCAAUCUCGGCGGACCCAUCCCCGAGCUACCGAAUAUCACGCCAAAGGUGGCGUCGGAAAGCUCUAGAAACUCGAAGAAGAAGUCGAUUCCUAUGCUUGCUAUUCUCGCCGGUGUAGUUUCGGUCUUACUUGUUGUUUCCGUCGUCGGGUUUUUACUUUUCAGGCGUGGAAGAAAAGUCAAGGACUCCAACUCCAGCAAAGCAACAAAGUGGGGGCCAUAUUCUUUUUCGACGACCAAGUCAACCAAGUCUCGCGGCUCAUCUCUACCGUCGGACCUGUGUCGUCACUUUUCACUGGCUGAGAUCAAAGCCGCCACCCAAAACUUCAACGAUGUUUUCAUCAUCGGGGUUGGUGGGUUUGGCAACGUGUACAAAGGGUAUGUGGAUGAUGGGUCCACACCGGUGGCGAUCAAACGGCUGAAACCCGAGUCAUCACAGGGCGCCCGCGAGUUCAAGACCGAGAUAGAGAUGCUCUCCCAACUCCGCCACCUCCAUUUGGUGUCUCUCGUUGGAUAUUGCACUGAGCAAGGUGAGAUGAUCUUGGUGUAUGACUACAUGGCACGUGGGACCCUCCGAGACCAUUUGUACAGAACUGAAAAUCCACCACUUCCGUGGGAACAACGGCUCCAAAUUUGUAUUGGUGCGGCGCGUGGGUUGCACUACCUUCACACGGGGGCCAAGCGCAUGAUUAUCCACCGCGACGUGAAGAGCACAAAUAUCUUAUUGGAUGAGAAAUGGGUGGCCAAGGUUUCGGACUUUGGGUUGUCCAAAAUGGGCACCACCACUUUGUCCAAGACUCACAUCAGUACAGUGGUGAAGGGUAGUUUUGGUUAUCUUGACCCGGAGUACUAUAGACGUCAGCAGUUGACUGAAAAAUCGGACGUUUACUCUUUUGGAGUAGUCUUGUGUGAGGUUUUGUGUGCAAGGCCAGCUCUGAUACGCACGGCGGAGAAGAAGCAAAUGAGCCUAGCUGAAUGGACCAAGACUAGUCAUCGAAAUGGCACGAUUAAUCAAAUCAUUGAUCCAAAUCUAAGGGGAAAGAUUGCAGCCACAUGUCUGAAUAAGUUUGUUGAGCUUGCGUUGAGUUGUAUGAAUGAUAAUGGAAGUGAGCGGCCAUCGAUGAAUGACGUAGUAUGGGGGCUUGAGUUUGCACUGCAGCUUCAGCAGAGUGCGGAAGCAAUGUUAUACUCCAACGUCGAAAAGGAAGGUGAAGAUGAGGUUGCAUUAAUGAAAGGUAAUGAUGCUGGGAUGAGUUGUAGCUGGGAAUACUCGUCGGAUUCGAAGAACAGCAGAACGACCAAAACUAGUAGCGAUGAGCAAAUUUCUACCACCAAUGAAUCCAUGAAAGGCAUGUCUGGAACAAUCUUCUCUGAGAUCAAGGAUCCCACUGUGAGAAGUAGCCUCCCCUGUUUCCAACUUCAUCCUUACCCUCAUCUCUCUCUACCAACAAUGAAAACAAUCAUCACUCCUCUCUACCUCUCCUUGUUCCUCCACAUCCUCACUCUCUUCGUCACCGCUCAGUCGCCACCAUACACUCCGGUCGACAAUAUCGUCCUCGCCUGUGGCAAUUCCGGCCAACCGACCUCUAAUGACCUCAGAAAGUGGAGUGGAGAUAUCAACUCAAAAUUCACCCCAAUAGGUAACGCAUCCCAAUCCAUAGAUGCACCGCGGUCGGGCACAGCGAGCCAAGUCCCUUACACCAAAGCUCGGCUCUCUCGCUCCGAAUUCACUUACAAAAUUCCCCUCUCUCGCGGCCAAAAAUUCAUCCGCUUGCAUUUCAAUCCAGAUACAUACACCCCGGAUUUCCGACGCUCCAAUUCCCUCUUCUCCGUCACCGCCGGCGGCUUCACUCUCCUCAAAGACUUCAACGCCUCCGUCACCGCCGACGCUUUCGGCGAGUCCCCGCUGGUCAGAGAAUUCUGUGUAAACAUCGAGACAGGACAGAGACUCGAGAUCACCUUCACACCAAGCAAAGAUGCGUACGCUUUCAUCAACGGAAUCGAAAUCGUGUCAAUGCCCGCCGGUUUUUACUAUACUUCUUCAGCUAAUUUUGUCGACACCGGCGCAAGGUCAUAUCCGAUCGAAAACAACACAGCUCUGGAGAUGGUGUACCGAAUCAACGUCGGCGGAGGCCCCAUCUCGCCGAACACAGACACCGGAAUGUACCGGAAUUGGGACACCGCAGACGAAAUUUAUUUGGAUGAUAGAAGUAAAAAAUUGAGCGUGCUACCACAGAACAAUACAAUCGAGCUCAAUUUCGUCGAAGUUCCAGAAUACUCUGCCCCAAAACCAGUUUACACAACAGGUCGGUCAAUGGGGAUGAACAAAACCAUCAACAAGAGCUAUAACCUCACAUGGGUAUUUCCCUUAGAUCCCAAGUUUUAUUACCUGGUGAGACUCCAUUUCUGUGAGUUUGAAUCUGAUAUUACCAAGUACGGUGAUCGAUCGUUUCAAAUCUUCAUGGCCAAUCAAACCGCAGAAGAACUUGCAGAUGUCAUCGGAUGGAGUGGAGCAAAUGGGAAUCCAGUUUACAGAGACUACGUUGUGGGAAUGUUCAUGCCUCCGGUUGGAAACCAGAAGAAAGUUAAACUCUUUCUAGUACUCGCAGCGCUGCAGAGAGAUUCGUAUACUAAAUACAACGAUGUCAUCUUGAACGGGCUAGAAAUCUUCAAGCUCAAUGACACGAGUGGGAAUCUUGCCGGACCCAACCCCGACCCACCUCCGGUGAAACCACCAAAGGUACCACCGAAGAGCCCCAGUAAGAAAAAGUCUGCUCCUAUGGCAGCUAUCAUUGCAGGCGUAGUUUCCGGUUUACUUAUGCUCUCUGUUCUCGGAUUUUUUGUUUUCCGGCGAGGGAGAAAGUCCAAGGACUAUAGCUCAAGUCAAGUAAAGUGGGGUCCGCUUUCUUUUUCAACGACUACUAAGUCCUCCAAGUCCACCACGUCUUACGGUUCAUCUCUGCCGUCGGAGCUGUGUCAUCACUUUUCAUUGCCGGAGAUCAGAGCCGCCACGCAAAACUUUGAUGAAUCGAACGUUAUUGGGCGUGGCGGGUUUGGUAACGUGUACAAAGGUACCAUCAACGGUGCGUCCACCCCCUUUGCGAUCAAACGGCUGAAAGCGGAGUCGUCACAGGGUGCCCUUGAGUUCAAGACGGAGAUCGAGUUGCUCUCCCAACUGCGUCACGUCCAUCUCGUGUCUCUGGUCGGGUAUUGUGACGACAACGGUGAGAUGAUUUUGGUGUAUGACUACAUGGAAAAUGGGACCCUACGCGAUCAUUUGUACAACUCCGAAAAUCCACCUCUUCCUUGGGAACAAAGGCUUCAAGUUUGUAUUGGUGCGGCGCGUGGGUUGCACUACCUUCACACUGGUGUCAAGUGUAUGAUCAUUCACCGAGAUGUGAAGAGCACGAACAUCUUGUUGGAUGAUAAAUGGGUGGCCAAGGUCGCUGAUUUUGGGUUGUCGAAAAUGGGCACGACCACCAUGUCUAAGACCCACAUCAGCACCAUGGUCAAGGGUAGUUUCGGCUAUCUCGACCCGGAGUACUAUCGUCGUCAACAGUUGACUGAGAAGUCUGAUGUGUACUCAUUCGGAGUAGUAUUGUGUGAGGUCUUGUGUGCUAGGCCGGCUUUGAUCCGUACAACGGACAAGAAGCAAAUGAACCUAGCUGCAUGGUUUAAGACCUGUCACGGAAACGGAACGCUUGACCAAAUCAUUGACCCUAAUUUGAGGGGUAAGAUUGUAAAUGAGUGCUUGGACAAGUUUGUUGAAAUUGCAAUUAGUUGUAUGCAUGAUAAUGGGAGUGAACGACCGUCCAUGAAUGAUGUUAUAUGGGCGCUUGAGUGUGCAUUAAAACUUCAAGAGACCGUAGAGGGUUCGGAUUUGGAUUUCAAUGCCGGAAAGAAGGGUGAAGAUGAGGCUUCAAUGCUGAAUGAUAGUGAUGCAGGGUUUAGUGGCACAUGGGGAGACUCGUUAGGUUCCAAUAACAGCAGGGUGACCAAAACUAGUAGUAGUUACCAAAAUUCUAGUGCUAGUGAUUCCAUUAAAGGGUUGUCAGGUACAAUCUUCUCUGAGAUCUACGAACCCAAUGGAAGAUGAUUCGACCAUAUAGGAUCCAUAAGCGAGACUGUUGAUGUAGUGCAUUUGUGUUUAAUGAUCUCAACUCAGUUUGUAACUAUAUAUGUUGUGUGCUUCAAUCCAAGUGAGUAGUGUGAUGACGUAAUUUUGAAUAAGGAUAUAUCAUUUGCUCUUAUUUUUUGUA